AAAAAAAAAAAUCUUUUUUUCACGCGUACUCUUUUAAAUAAACGUUCAUAAAAACAUUUCAAUGUUGACCCCUAAAAAGAUAAAAUGCAUCUUGGAAGCGCAUUACAGAAUACCUACACCCAUUUUAAUGAUAUUAAAAGGAAAGUUGCCGCAAGCUCCAAGUUUAAUUGAAGAUGUCACAGACGAAAAUUUAGAAGAAUCUCAACUAAUCAAAUCCCCAAAAGAGGGUAUUAUUUAAUGAAAAAAUAAUAAUUUCGUCAAGUAUAUAUAUAUUAUAUUUACACAUUAUUGAUGAGAAUAGAUGACUGGAAUAAAGUUUUUAAAGAUGAAGUAGAUGAGGAAACAACACCUUCAACAGCAGAUAUUACUACACGUUCAUCAUCACCUAAUGUAUCUAUGAAUGAUAAUUAUUUGAUCUCUUCAUCAGCUUGUGGACGUACACUUGUGUUGGCUUAUAAGACAAAAUUUGUCAUAGUUCAAUUAAAUAAUGAAGGUGAAUACUCUGCUUUAGGCCAAGGCUCAGGCUGUCUGCAACCAAAUGAGGAGAUUACUGCCAUCUUAUGCUUACCACUGUUUGUGCCUUCAACACGUCUAACUCAAAAUUAUGUUAUGUGUGGAUAUAAUACAGGCUGGAUUCGUGUAUUUUCAGAGACUGGAGUUCUUUUAACUGAACAACAAUUAGAAACAACACCUGUAUUAACAAUAAAGAUUAGAACGCCACCACCUAUUUCCAAAAUAGCGAAUCAAAAAUCUCUUCAUGAAGAUGAAGAUAUCACGGUACUCUUUAAAGAGAAUCGAGUUGUAAGUAUAGAUGGACAAAGUCUUUGGAUGGUAUUAAGGGUAUGUGAUGGACAACGAGAAAGUGGUAUAGAUGCUUCACGUAUGCAUACUGCAUUUACUUAUAAAAAAUGGGACCUUCAACAUCAAGAUGAAGUAAAUGAUAUUAUUAGUUUAGGACCUUCACCAACUUAUAGUCAAAUACCUUUCAUAGACCCAUCUAACACUAUUUCAACAUCAACGGUAUUUACAUCAAAAACAACUACAUCAAGGUAUAUAGCUGUAGGGGCUCACCCAAUGUUGACUUAUUAUGCAACAUCUGAUUCAACAAGACCUUUAAUGUCUGCUGCUUCUAUGGCAAGCUAUGUUGUGUCUAGAGUCGCUUCACCUGUAUUUUCAUUUGCUAAAUCGUGGUGGGGUUCAUCUAAUAGUCAAGAAAAAACUCAAAGCAGAUCAGGACCGCCUACUCCGUUUGUUCCUCAAAUGCGUUCCCCACCACCAAGCCAUAUUGAACCAGCUACACCUAUUCCAUCUAUUUUAGCAAUAGAUGACACUUAUCGAAAAAUAAAUCACAUCUCAGUUUGUCCUCCUUCUAUUAGUGCACAACAUCAUACUCUAGCAGCCACUGCAGAUGGAUUAGGUCGUGUCAUUUUAUGGGAUAUAUUUGAAGGUGAAAUGAUUCGUAUGUGGAAGGGUGUACGUGAUGCAGUAUGUGGAUGGGUAGAAGUAUUUGAAUAUGAGUUAUACAAUCUUGAACGGCCCGAUAAUCAUCAGUAUCCUCCCAAGGUACUGCUCUUUCUCGUCAUUUAUUCAUCGAAAAGAGGGAUUUUAAAAGUAUUUCAAAUGAGACAUGGUAAACAAGUAGGUGCUUACCAUUUAGGCUCAGGAUGGCAAUUAGUUCCUUGCUGUCGAGAACCAUUAGGAAGUAGUAUGGUUAGUGUUGAAAGAAGAAAAAAAAAGAAUCCCGCUCACCAAAGUGAAUACGAUGGACUUUCAAACUGUAUGUUGGUUAGUCCUGAUGGAGAAGUACGUAAGAUAAAGAUUAUAUUAAAGGAUACUACCGAGAUAGAAGCAGAUCAAAGAUAGCAAGGAACAAAGCUCAUAUUAUAUGUACAUUCUUAAUUUCAAAAUAACAUUGCAAACAAAAAAUAAUAAUAAAACCUUGUUCAGUAGGAAUUACGCUUAAGGAAAGUGAUACAUUUGUACACUUGGAAAUGUAGUGUAUAAAUUUCUUUAGAGAAUUAUCUAAAUAAUACAAGUAAUAGGUUAUAACCUUCUGCU